AUGGUGUGCCGCCGCCGAAGGGAUCGAACCACUACAAGCCUGCGCCUCAGCACUCGCUUCUUGUCUGCCGCCUGUCUGUUCGCUCCGGGCUCCAGCGUGUCCCCUAUCCGUCUUAUCGAUGAUCAAUCAUCAUACGGCAUUUGUGUUAAAUCCUUCGGAGCCUUGGAAGGUAAGAAGGGUACUGCCGUUGGGACCUUGCCUCGUGGCGCUUCCUUAGCCGAUCACCUUGGCCGUAAUAUUCUCUUCCUGGGCUCACCUUCCAGUUUUGUAUCUUCACCAAUAUUAGACCGCUUGAAAUCUUAUACCCCUACAAAAACAUCCUAUUCCUUUACCAACAGAAGGGUAAGAAUUGGAUUUGAGUAUUAUGAAGCUCUUCUUCCGAAUACUCUUGGUCUUGCAUCAUACAGGAAGACUAAGCUGUGCACAUUAGAAUCAAUCCCUACCCUGCCUGUGAGUGGCUCUUUUAUAAGCAGAAGACAGGAAAGGAAAGGAUCUUAUCAGGGCAGGACAACUCACACACACCUCAUCGUUUUCUUUGUUGAUUGUUAUUCAGCGAGUAGCCAGACGAACACCAGCAGUAACCAACAGUCUAACCAACAGACUGGGCAAUCAGCACUCAGUUCUGCCAGCCCGACAAUGCCAGUUAUUAUUCAGUCUCAACAGCAGUCGAAUCCUGCCACACCUUCAGAACACAUUGCCGGUGGUAGUGAGUUUGAUGGUGAGGGAGCUAGUACCGGAGAAGGUGCCUCCUCUGAAGGAGGUGCCUCUUGCACAAGUCCUCCAGAUGGUAAGGAUGACAAAACAAAAAAGAAGAAUAGAUGUGCUGUCUGCCGUAAGAAACUAGGUCUUACUGGUUUUGAAUGCCGGUGUGGCGGACAGUACUGUGCAGUGCACCGAUAUUCUGAUAAACACAAUUGUACCUUUGACUACAGGGAGCUUGGAGCCCAAGAGAUCAGGAGGAACAACCCCGUCGUUGUUGGGGAGAAAAUACACAAGAUAUAAUUUACUCAUCGACGGCCAACUUUAAUACAUAUUGGACUAGACCUGUUAACCUCUUAUCUUUCUGAGUCUCUCCUCACAACUCUAUAUAUAUAUAAUGAUAUAACGAUAAUACAUCAUUAUUAUAUAAAAAUUAUAAAUAUAUAUAUAAAUAAUAUUAUAGUUAUUAAUGUUAUGGUGAAAUGUGUGUCAUUGAGUGUGCUGAGAAGAAUAUACUUAUAUAUACCUUAAAAGUGAAGUAUGCUACACAGAUUUGACGCCAGAUUUUCUUAAUAUAAAAGCUAUUUUCACCCAAUGACUGAGAAGGGCACUGUGUAUUAUAUUAUAAUUGUAAUUUUAGAAUAAAAUGCCGUAACAAAAAUGUACGCAUGUGUAUAUGUAAGUGUGUCUCUAGUUAAACCUAUAUAGGCAAUCAUAUACAGAUAUGUACAUAAAACGGUAACUGUCCUUCUGGGUGGCUGGUUUAGGAGAACUGUUAAGAAUUGUGAAUAUCUUAGAAAGCCCAUACCUGUUCGUUUCUUUUUUUUUUUUUUUCUUUUUCUUUAGGGAUUGUCAACGAUAUAUCUUUCUUUUUUGCCCUAUGUGGUGUGUAUAUUAUCCUCAAUAUUAUUAAUUGAUUGAACUUUAAUUAAUUAUAAAUAUAAUUAUCUUUAAUUGGUUAUAAAUAAUUAACAUAUUAUUAUUAUUAAAUAAAGGAAUAAAUAUAUUAUAAUAAAUUUGUCGUUGGGUUGAUGUUUUUCAUUCUUGUUUUCUCUUUUGGAUAGUUUAAUUUUUGUUCGCAUUGUUUUUUUGCUCACAAUAUUACUUCAUUAAUUAUUAUGAUCCAUUGUAUAGGUGUUUAGUUUUAAGUAUCCUAGUGUCCUAAUCCAUUUUUCGAUUCUGUUUAUUAUUUUCUCUUCCUUGGUGUAAAUAAUAAUGAUUUAAAUAUAUACCUGUGUGUAGUAAAUGAAUUCAAAGUGGGCGUUUGUUGCUUUUAGAAAAUUAAGUGUAUAAUUUGUAUGUAUGUGGAAGUAUAGAAGAAUGAAUGUUGCCUGUCCGACGUGCAUAUUCUCAAAUAUAUGUUAGUAUGAGAAAUGAGAAGAUUCUGGCUGUAAAGGGAUUUCAGUUUGAUUUCUUUUUAUUUUGUUAUUAUUAUUAUUCUUUUUCAUGAGACAACUGAUUUAUAUAAAUAAAUAGGAAUUUAUAAUACACUGCAAAUAACAUUUAAAAAGUUAAACUUCUGACCUCAUUUUAAUGAUAAAUUAUUUAGUAUAUGUAUCAUGUACAUUGUAUGUAAUUGUGAGAAUAGUGUUAUAUGACUAAUAAAGAAGUGAUGCGUGUUUCUAUAGGAAAAUACUUGUAAAUCCUAUAAGUCUAAAAAAAAAAAAAGAAAAAAAGAGGUAAAUAUUAUAUAUUUAUAUACAUAUACACAUACAUAUAUUCAUUUUUUUUUUUUUAAAUGUGUAUGUAUAUGUGUGUGUAACAAUAAAGAAAUAUAAACAAUAAGAGAAGUUAAAUAUUACUAUUUCCAAACAGCAGUAGGGUUAUUUAUGUUAAAAACGUGUUACCAAAUAAUUUGUUGUGUUCCUUUCUUUUCCUUUUCCUUUUUAAUUAUUUUUAUCUUUGUUAAUCAGUUUGCUAGAUUUUAUAUUUUCCUUUUCCAAGACUUGUUUUACACAAAUCCUCUCUUUGUUUUCCUUAGUUCAAUUUAUGUUAUGUAUAAUAAUAGUGUCUUUUAUGUUUUGAAGGAUUAUCAAAUAUGAGAGCGCCUCAAAUCUGUAUUUAUUAAUUAAUUUGGUGGAUCAAAACAGAACAAAUAUAUAUAUAUAUGUAUAUCUAUGAUUAAAAUUUAUAUGUGUAACUUGAUAACACUUGGAAACGACGUGUAGUUUUACCUUUUUUAAUGCAAAACUUUGUAACUAAUAAAUUAUACUUUCCUAAAACUAAUCGUAUGCCUAUCAACAUAUUUCAUCUGGUAUAUAUAUCGGCUUGUAUUUACCUGUUUGGUUGAUAUAAUUGAAAAUAAUAUAUAUUUAAAAAGUUUUUAGGAAUCAAAUUUUUAGAAUGUAGGAAGUUUAUGCAUAUUACCGCUUAAUCUUUAAAAGUAUUUUACGUCAGAAGAUCUAAUUGAAGCUUUGUUUUUAUGUGGCUGCUCUCCUGAUUGAUCAACAGUGCCAUAGUUACUGGACAGUUUUUAUGUGUAUUCCCUCGUCGAAAUUUGUUGGUAAUUGCUUUCUGUUGAUUUUUGAUUAAGGAUUUAUUGUAAUUGAGUGACUAUUAUGUUGUGUUUAUUUUGUUAUACUAUACCUGUUGUAUAGAAUUAAUUAAUCCUUUAUUAGUUCUUCUGAAUAUAAUUCACUUUUUUCUUAUUUCGCAGUUAAAAAUAUUUGUUACUUUAGACAGUUUAGUGGUAACUUUAAACUAUAUUUUGUAGGGGAGAGGAAAAAAAAAACUUAAAAGGAAAAAAAAUCUAUAUUUUAGGAGAGGUUUGAUCCCAUGCAGCUUUUAAAAAUUAAUAGUCUUGAAAAGAAAAAAAGUAUGUUUAUAUUAAAAUUAUGUCACAUCAUUUUAGGAAAUUUAUGUUUUUGUAUUCACUCUCAGUUAAUCAUCACAUGAAUUAACACUUUUGAUAUAGGAUGUUUGUUAUUAUUAUCAGUAUAACUUUGUAAAACCAAUAUUUUUUUCUAAUAAAAUUUUAGAAAUACGAUUGCUUACUUUUUUUAAUGUGUCCACUUUAUUAAAUUUUUCUAAAUGAGCUAAAUGUCCAUACUAUAAUAUCUUAAGUAUUUUCAAAUCAUUUACAUUUUUUAUUUUAAGUAAUUAUUAUAUUAUUACUGAAUAUAUAAAAUUUAUUUUUUCGGGAAUACAUAUAACUUGUUAGUUGAUAAAGUUUGAUAUGUUGGGUGAUCAUACAAGUGUGAAUAUUAAUUUUCUGGAAACAGUGAUGCAAAGUUUAAUAAUUAAAAAAGAAGUUUAUUGGCAGUGAUUCAAGAUAGUAGUGGAAAGAUAAAAUUGGUAGAGACAAUAUGUUUUAUUCAUUGGAACACAAUAUUGUAUUCUUAUAUCACUUAAUUCAGUAGAUAUUAUUUAAUUUUAAUCAUCUUUAUUGCUAAAUCAGAAUGUAUUAAAAGGUAUUGAAAAUAUAAAAAAAAGUAUGUAACAUGUUUGG